CUUCUCUCUCUCUCUCUCUCUCCUACUGGUUUGAUUUGAGGUUUUGGGUUUUGGGUUGGUGUGGUUUGGUUUGGUUAAAGGUGUGUCCUUAAUUCUUCUUCUUUUUCAGUUAUAUAAAUCUUGAAGACUUAUUCUCUCAUUUCAUCUAUUUUUUAGGUAACUUUCACUCAGAUUUUUACUCCCCAAGUCUUUAAGCUGCCAUUAACUGUUUUUCCAGUCUUUUAAGGACUCUCUCUCUCUCUCUCUCUCUACUCAUUCAAAUCCUGUUAAUGGUGAAUCGUGAAAAACGUUUUCAGCAGAAAUGAAUCGAAACGUUUCGUCUCCAAUCAAAUUCACAGAGCACCGAGACGUUACCUUCAAGCUGGUGCCGCCGAAAUCGAAGCAGUUUCCGGUGGAGAUGAGCGCCAAACCGCCGCGAGUUGUUCGGAUUUACGUGACUGAUGGUGAUGCAACCGACUCGUCGAGCGGCGAAGAGGACUUCAAUUUGAAUGUUCGGAGAUGGAGAGUGAAGAAGCAUGUGAGUGAGAUCAGAAUUGAGGAUUGUUGUGAUGAUGAGAAUCGAAGUGGUGGAAGGGUGAACAAGAAGAAGAGGCCGAAUCGGCCGAGGAAGGAGGCCAAUAAGCCGAAGAAUCGAAUUCCGGCGGCGACGGCGGAGGGGAGGAAGUUUCGCGGCGUCCGGCAGCGACCGUGGGGGAAAUGGGCGGCUGAGAUUCGAGAUCCGGUACGGCGAGCUAGGGUUUGGUUAGGGACUUACAACACCGCGGAAGAGGCGGCGAUGGUUUACGACAAGGCGGCUAUUCAAAUCCGCGGCCCAGACGCUCUCACAAACUUCAUCAAACCUCCGGCGAGGGCUCCGCCGCCUCCGGCGAAUUCUCCUCCGCCUCCUCCACCGCCGGAGAUUGAUUUGGCGGCGGUUUCCGGCUACGAUCAUUAGUUAGAUAAAGAGUCUCGUAACGUAUCGUCUCCGACGUCUGUUCUCCGGUUUAGUCCGCCGGAGGAGGCGGAGCCACCGGUGGCAGUGGCGGAGAUUGGGAGUGUUGUGGAUGAUUGUUUGCCGUUGGAUCAAUGUUUCUUGAAUGAUUUCUUCGAUUUUCGGUCUCCAUCGCCGAUGUUGUUCGAGGAAGUGAGAGUGAGUUUGCCGGAGAUUGAUAGUGUUUUGGGGACUGAUUUGUGUGAUAUUUCGUCGGUGAGUUUGAAUUUGGAUGAUGAUUUUAGGUCGAUUUCGUGGAAUGUAGAUGACUUCUUUCAAGAUCCUCUCGUAUUGGUUUGAAUGUUGGGAAGUUUUUUCUUUCUCUUUGCCGAGAAAAUGUGUGGGAAAAUCUUCAGUGGAAAAUUUGAGUACAUAUUUGUUUUUUUCUUCUUUUUAUUUUAUUUUAUUUAGUUCUUGGUAUUUAUCAAAGUGUAAUGAUUUAUCUUCUCUUAUCUGAAUUUGGAAAUGUGUGAUAUUGGAAGUUUUAUGCUAUUUGAAAUUUCGAUAAAAAUGAUUUUUUUGUUAA